AGAUUCUUGUCGGUGGAGACAUUUGCAAUUCUGCUCAAGUGUAUAAGAUCUAGUAGAAGCGAAGAGAAAAAUGCAGCAGUCUCUAUAAUGUCAAGUAUCGCCAGUAGAACUGGGAUAUGUCUAAUUAAUCAAACCGAUCUGAAUAUUCUCCUAGAUCUUUACAAUAAUUCAGACCUGGACGAGGAGUUGGGAAAGAUAUUCAUGAGAUCUGUAUCGAAUGCUGUCGAGUUAAAAACUGAAAUUUCAGAAUAUACUUCAAGCAGUGUAUCACAGGAAUCUGUAGACAAACUUCUUGAUUCUCUGAUGGCGGGAGAUCUAGAUUUGAAAUCUCAGACUGAGAAUAUGAUGGUCGAGGACGAGGUUGAGGAAACCAUCAGUCCCUUCAUCAUCUCCCUCAUCGAGGCCGAGAAUGUUCCCGAGCUGAGGACUCUCGUGGAGAACCUCCUUCAGUGUUUGAUCAUCCUCCACCCGGGACAGACCGUCCUCCGCCAGAUUCUCGAGGUUAAAUCCCACCUUCUCUCCCCCGGCGUCAUGAAGAUGGUUGCCAGCCUCUCUGGAAAAUUAACAGAGAAAAAGUUGAAAAAUCAUCUGGUGUUUCUCACUCCAGACGUGGCAAAGCUCUCACCAGAUCUCAGCGUUGUUUACGCAACAAAACUUGUUAUGUACUGCAAACUAAACGAGGCUAGAAUAGACGACCUGGUCCAGUUCCUUUCCGACCUCCCUGAUUGUAAAUUUGUACUGUCCCGGGUUUUUAAUGAAUCCUUGUACAAGGAUUUUUCUCCCUACAGUAAUGUUCAUACUAAACUAGUUCUCACCCUGCUCGGUUUAUCACAGCAGUGUAAUCUACCCCUGGAGAAGUUUACAGAUCAGAUUACCCGCCAAACCCUGGUUCAACUUGAACAAGCAGAGGUUAAACUAGAGGGGCAGGCGGUUAAAGAAACCUUUAAAAAUUUACAGUUCAAAAUCUCAGAUUUGGCUCAGCUGCUACUGAAAUGUACUGAAACAGGACUAACCCAGUUUCUAACUGAAGAAAAGGAAUUGACCUUGAAAGGUGUAAUUCUGUCUUCCCUACUGUGCGCUGCAGGUAAUCGGAAGAAAACUGUUCAAAACUCUACAGUCAAUGUGCCAGACGCUCAACCCGCUGUCCUCCAACUGUCAGGUUCCACAGUGGAGAAGCUGUCUGUAAUUGUGGAGUUCAUCUUGGGAGACAGUAGCAGCACCAGCUGCUGUUCUGACAUAGCGAGCAGCUUCUUUGGGUUCAUUACAGCUCACCCAAAGCUGUCCGUUCAUCUGUCCAACAACCUGUUUUUUAUUUCUCUAACCAAUCUGUCACGUGAUAAGGCAGAGUUACGUGAUGAAUCGGAGUCACGUGAUGUAUAUAUUCGGUUAAUCUGUCAUCUCGUCAAACAUUCAGAAAAGAUUUUAACUGCUUUCUCAGAUUGGCUGGGGCAGAAGAAAACCAAUUUUGAGAGUCAGGAUGUUUUACUUAUUGUAGAUGGUCUUAUUAAACAGGGUAUGCUAGAUCAGCUGGCAGAGGAGAAGAAACUUGUUAAAUCCAUCCUCAAGCAGAUUAUCAGCUCAGCUGAGUUCUACCUGUUCCAACCUCUCCCGGAUAUUCCCGUUAAACCCUUCUCCGUCCUCGUCUCCGUCCUGCAGGAUCUCCGCCCCGUCCUUACCUCCUCCAAGUCAAUCUCCGCCGUUGGAAAGCUGUUCUCCGAGGUGAAGGAUACCCUGAAGAGGAUAAGGGAGAACAAGGAGUUAAAAACCAGGAUUGUGAGCCUUAGUAUUGAGUUUAGUUUCUCCCUUCUCUCCGUCCUCCAGGGAGGGGAGAACCUCGGGAAGAAGGACAUCAUGAGCUUCGUCCUUGUUCCUUGUGUCGAGUUCGUGGCGGAGAAUUUAAAGAUGUCCGCGGAUUUACAUCAGGGUGAACUGGAGCGUAUCUGUAAGAUCGGAGUAGAGACGGCUCAUACACAGACUAGGGCAGCAAUAGAGAAUUAUCUUAAGUAAGUAAAUGUCGUCUUCCACACCAGA